UCAGUUUGGUGCGGGGCGGGCUGUGACACUUGGUUGUGGAUCCGAGGCCGGUAGCGAGCACUCCCCACGUUGUGAAGCCGUUAGCUGAGGCCGCUGCUGCUGGGACUCUCAUACUUCCUGUUAUAAAGCGCCGUCUCCCCACUAAUUCACCCGGCGAGAUUUCAAGUUGACCAAAGAAAUGGUGAUGGAGAAGCCAAGUGCCCAGCUGGUCGGGCGAGAGUUUGUCCGACAGUAUUACACACUCCUGAACCAGGCCCCCGACUACCUGCACAGGUUUUAUGGAAAGAACUCCUCUUACGUGCACGGCGGCCUGGACAGCAACGGCAAACCAGUGGAAGCCGUUUAUGGACAAUCUGAGAUCCAUAAGAGGGUCAUGGCACUGAGCUUCCGAGAUUGUCACACCAAGAUCAGGCACGUGGACGCUCACGCCACCCUGAACGAGGGCGUGGUGGUGCAGGUGAUGGGCGAGCUGUCCAACAACAUGCAGCCCAUGAGGAAGUUCAUGCAGACCUUUGUGCUGGCGCCCGAGGGGACCGUUGCAAACAAAUUCUACGUCCACAACGACGUGUUUCGCUACCAGGACGAAGUUUUUGGUGACUCCGACUCUGAGCCACCUGAGGAAUCUGAGGAUGAGGUGGAGGAGCUGGAGGAGAGGGUUCCCUCCCCUGACGUGGCUCCCGAGGAGUCUGCUCCUUUCUACGACCCAGCAGCCUGUUCAGAGCCAGCAGUACCUGGUGAUGAGGAGGAAGCAGCAGCAGCGAGUCCAGAGCCACAGCAGGAAGUGGAGAAGGAGGCCGAGGCGGCCGUGGUCGAGGUGAAGCCAGAGACGCUGCUGGACGCACAGACAGACGCGCACACAGCCGACGACCAGACAGAAAAAAGCCCCGCCCCCACCGCACCGCCGACUACAGAAGCUACCCCUGCACCUGCUGAGCCCGCCCCCGCUGCCCCAGAGGAAAACAGGCUGUUCUCCUGGGCGUCAGUCACCAGUAAGAACCUCCCUCCCAGCGGGGCUGUCCCAGUCUCAGGAAUCUCCCCCCACGUUGUCAAAGUCACCCCCACAGCACCGCCCAGAGCGGAGGUGAAGUCAGAGUCCCAGACAGCAGCACAGAGACCACAGAGAGACCAGAGACCGAGGGAGCAGAGGCCCGGAGGUCCUCCACCCGCUCACAGAGGCCCCAGACCAGCUCGAGAAGGAGAGCAGGGCGAGUCGGAGGGUCGCAGGGCGGUCCGGUAUCCCGAUGCCCACCAGCUCUUCGUGGGGAACGUCCCUCAUGACGUGGACAAGACCGAACUCAAGGAGUUCUUUGAACAGUACGGUACGGUCCUGGAGCUCCGGAUCAACAGUGGAGGGAAGCUUCCGAACUUCGGCUUUGUGGUUUUCGACGACUCUGAACCCGUGCAGAAGAUCCUCAGCAACAGGCCCAUCAAGUUCAGAGGUGACGUGCGCCUGAAUGUGGAGGAGAAGAAGACCCGGUCAGCCAGAGAGGGCGACAGGCGGGACGCGAGGCCUCGGGGUCCCGGGGGUCCCGGCGGUCCCAGAGAGCGAGUAGGAGGCAGCGGUGGACCUCGGGGCCCGCCCACCCGUGGAGGCAUGGCACAGAAACCCAGCUUCGGCUCUGGACGGGGCGCCGGACCCAGCGAGGGGCGCUACGCCGCCCCCCGCCAGUGAGGCUCCUGGGCUCCGAACCUGAGUUUAUUACUGUCGAUUUACCUGAGCAGGUACUGACCUGCUGCAGAGGAAAUGAUUGGACAGAGACAAAUUUUCUAUUCUGCACCCGUGAGAAAAACCAGAGGAAUUGAGUCAGAUUGUGGCUCGUCGCUCGGACGCUGACCUUCCUCUGUGUUUUUCUCCCGGGUGUGAAAGUGUUCAAACAGCAUUUCAGUAAUUAACGCAGGUUUGGUCGAGAGCUUCGCCAUCGCCGCGCCUUCCUGCUGAAUUCAGCAGGAAGGCGCAUGUGUCUCUCCUGAAGAUGGCUGCCUCCCCUUCCUUCUCGGACACCCUCCACUCCAGCCUCCUCUUCCUCCUCUCUCACCUGCUGAUUUGAGGAUCCAGGAUGUCGCUCUCAUUUCUCCCCCUCACGUCCUCUUCUUUGACCUCCACCAACACGUGUAUUAUUUGGACUCUUGUCAGUUUUUUGUUGUUUUUCAUGCUGAACUUGAAUUAAACAAAUCAGAACAUGCAAACACAUUUAAAAAAAAAGGGUAAAUAGUACUUGAAUGGGGGAUUAUAUUGUUGUUUUUCGCGUUCUCUCCCUGUUUCUUAAAGGAACGUGUACUUUACUGCUUGGGCAGUCCUGUGUAUUGCUGCCACCGUUGUAUCUAGCGAUGGAUCUGUCUUAUUUUUUUUUCUAUCAGGUCAAGAGCUGAACUAUAGUGGUUUUAUUUGAGUAAUAAUAAUGUUGGCUUGUAAUAUGUGGAUUGACAGACGUGUCUGAGUGGAGCAUGUUUCCAAACCCGUUGUUAGGCUUCUACCAAUGCACUUCAUUUGUCAUGUUUAAACUGAGCUCGCCGGCCAACGAGAGAACUAAAUUAAAGUGAAUUACUGUUUUGAA